AUGGAGGUUGAGGCCGAAGCCACCGCCGAGGUGCGGCACUGGACUGCGGAUGUCAACGGCAUUUCCCUCCACGUCGCCGAGCGCGGCCCCGCCGACGGGCCGGCGGUCCUCCUCAUCCACGGCUUCCCCGAGCUCUGGCUCUCCUGGCGCCACCAGAUGGCCGCGCUCGCUGCCCGCGGCUUCCGCGCGCUGGCCCCCGACCUCCGUGGUUACGGCGACUCGUCCGUGCCCACCGACCUCGCCGCCUACUCCAUCCUCCACAUCGUCGGCGACUUGGUCGCGCUCCUUGACCACCUCCAACUCACAAAGGUGUUCGUGGUUGGGCACGACUGGGGCGCGCAGGUGGCGUGGCACCUCUGCCUGUUCCGGCCGGACCGGGUGCGCGCCGCCGUUGUCCUGGGGAUUCCCUACUUUCCCCGCGGCCCUCGCCCGAUGACGGACUCAUUUGCCGCGCUCGGCGAUGGCUUUUACAUCAAUCAGUUCCAGGAGCCAGGAAGAGCUGAAAGGGCAUUUGCUCGCUAUGAUGUUGCGACAGUCCUAAAGAAGUUCUAUGCCAUGGAAAUCGAUGAGCUAAUUGCUCCUCCUGGCGUAGAGAUCAUAGACUUUCUUCAGGCACCUUCUUCGCCAAUUCCCUGGAUGACAGAGGAAGAACUGGGACAGUAUGCCGAGAAAUUUCAGAAGACUGGCUUCACAGGACCCCUCAACUACUAUCGCAUGCUUGUAACAAACUGGAGACUCACUGCACCUUGGAGUGGAUCGAAAAUCAUAGUGCCUGCAAAAUUCAUACUAAGCAAGAACGACGUUGGUCUGCAGUCCUUCGGAACUGAGAAGUACGUCAAGAGUGGUGGUUUAAAGGAGAAUGUUCCAGAUCUUGAGGUUUCAAUCAUUGAGGGACACCAUUUCAUCCAGCAAGAACAGGCCGAGAGAGUGAAUUCGGAAAUACUUUCCUUCCUUGACAAGUUUCCCAGCGAGGGAGGAUCAGCAUGA